CUGCAUAGGAUCACCGGCGUGCCCCACCAUGUCAGACACGGCCGUGGACACCAGCUCCGAGAUCACCACCAAGGACUCCAAGGAGAAGAAGGAAGUUGUGGAGGAGGCAGAGAAUGGAAGCGAUGCACCUGCGGAUGGGAACACUCAUGAGGAAAAUGGGGAGCAGGAGGCUGACAGUGAGGUAGAUGAAGAAGAGGAAGAAGGAGGAGGAGAGGAGGAGGAGGAAGAGGAAGGCGAUGGUGAGGAAGAGGAUGGAGAUGAAGAUGAGGAGGCUGAGGCAGCUGAAGAUGAUGAGGAUGACAGUGUUGACACCAAGAAGCAGAAGACCGAUGAGGAUGACUAG